UUCGUCCAACCCUCAUCAUCGUACAUACAUCAUCAUCAUGCCGGAUGAAGAACUUGGGGCUUUCCCGACCCAGGAUCGAGGUAUCAAUGGACAGGAUGACGUCGAUCGAGACUUGACAAAAGCCAACAACGAGUCGUGCUGUGCUCGUUUGAGGCUGGGUGGUGUCGUGGUGGGCCUUUUCUUGUUCGUUGGUUGCUCAGUCGCCUUGUUCUGGAACGAAGGUCGGUCCGUCCGACGCGACAAAGACCUGAACGACGGGAAAAACGUGGUGGUGGAAACGACUCUCCAGGAUUUUGGCAAUCGUACGGCGGCCACCGAACGUUUCCAAAACAAGCUGAUACAUAUCACUGGUCCGCUCACCGCGAAUACGACCUUGACGGAUCCCGUCUUUGGCGUAUCCUCACUCGGUGCGGCUGGUGCCAGUACUCCGGAGGGGGCGGCUCUGAAACUACGCCGCUCCGUCGAUAUGUUGCAAUGGAGCGAACAAAGUACCACCAAUUCAAACUCGGACGGUAAGGGUUCACAACGGACUACCUACAGCUACAGCUCCGUCUGGUCCAACACCCUCAUUGAUUCGUCUCGUUUUCAACGCCGACAAACUCCGGAAAAUCCCAAGUCAUUUCCGUUCGAAAGUUGGCAAGCUUCCGCUGAUCCAAUCCUGUUGGGCAAUCGCAUUCCAUUGUCCUCUGCUGUUGCCAAUCGCGUUAACUGGUACACCAAUCCUACUACUGGUGUCGACUUUUUACCGUCCAUUGCGAGUCUUCCGAUUGAUUCAACCAAACGGCAGCGACUCGAAGUACUGAAUGACCAGCAUUUUGGCAAGAAAGGAUACUUCUACCAUAAUCUCAAUCUUGUGAGUUCAUCAAAUCCAGAGAUCGGAGAUUGUCGAAUCGCUUUUGAAAUUGUCCAACCAGACACGGUCAGUAUCGUCGCCUUUUACGCUACCCCCGGUCAAACUCUCAAUCCGUACAGCACUGACCGCGGCGGGACAAUUUUAUUUCUGAAACGGGGAACCUUUUCGGCAGCCGAAAUGUUUGCCGAAGCAGAGGCGGAGAAUAAGCAGCUCACUUGGUUAAUCCGUGUCCUCGGAUUUGUCGGCAUGUUCGUCUCAGUGUUACUCAUCUUGCAACCCGUCGCAAACUUUAUCGAGAUCCUACCCUGCGGUGUGGGUGAUUUUAUGGCAGGCACCAUGAAAUGCUGUGUAUUUCCCACUGUUGCGUUCAUCAUUACCUUUCCAUUAUCUUUGCUGAUUAUAAGUCUCGCGUGGGUAGUGUACCGACCGGCGAUUGCCAUUCCGGUGGCGGUGGCAGCAUUCGGGUUCUUGGUGUACGGAUGUCGACAGAGCCGACGCAAGAGGAACAAGCUUCAGGCUCAACAAGAGCAACAAACAUCUUCGACACACAUCGAUAACUAUGACUUGCACUUGUCGCAGGGACAGCAGGCCACUUCAGUGCAUAUUGGUAUCGAACCAGCAACAAAAGCAGAACCAGAUGUGAUCCUGUACGAGCCGUACAAACCCGAUUGGUCCAAAUAAUGAGGCUAUUUACAGCUAUCCUGUGAGACUCAGAUUACGGCGAAAGAAGUGUGUGUGGACUUUGCUAGUGUAGCCUUGAUUAACGGUAAUUGUAAAUUGAUAAGCAAGUUCUG